GAAAUCCGUCUCGUCCAACUAACUAUUGCCGAUUGUUGCAAAAUAAUUUCGCUUCAAUUGAGGCUGCGCUCUCUAAUCAACUAGCAUUGCGUUGCUGCAAAUCUAACGUUGCGUAAAUCUGCAUCCUAGCCGCUGUGUCGUCCGAUAAGAGAACCGUUUUGACUGCCCCUAGAAACCGAACGUCGUCGUUGUCGCGUACGUGUCUCGUUCCAUUUCCUGUCGUCGUAACCUCACCGUGCUUUCUCCGCUGCAAGCACACGGUUGGAAAUUAGCGAGCGAUUCGUCCUACGGUCUACGGUUCCCACUGCAGCAGUUGCCACGAAUCCCCGAGGGCCAAGAAUCGGAAGUCGGACAAACAUGGCCAGCAAUCGGCAGCGCUCUGUACCGCAGGAAAGGCCCACUAGCGAAUCCGAAGCGGCGGCCGAGACUCUGUGUGUGGUCUGCUUCAAGCCAAUCGUCUUCUUUGCGAUCGGCGAAUGUGACCAUCUCUGUUGCUACGAGUGUUCCACGCGGAUACGCGUACUGUGUCGCCAAAAUGAUUGUCCCAUCUGCCGCCGUGAUCUGUCAAAGGUUAUAUUUUGCAAAGUGCUCAUGCCGUACCAGCAGCUGGAGACGAAGAACCGUUCCGGGUUGUACGACAAAAAGUAUCGCAUCUGCUUUACCGAGUUGGAGGUACAGCAAGCGUUUUUCGAUCUUCUGGACAACAAAUGCCCGCGGUGUGACGAAAAGAAUUUUCCCAAAUUUGAGCUGCUGCGGGAACAUGUCCGGAAGAAGCACGAAAUGUUUUACUGCGACAUAUGCACUGAGCAUCUGAAGGUGUUCUCUUCGGAACGGCGCUGCUACAAUCGCCAGGAGCUGGCGCUCCACCGGCGUAAGGGUGACCCGGACAAGGUCGGUCAUCGGGGUCACCCGCUGUGCGAGUACUGCGAUACUCGCUUUCUGGACAAGGACGAACUGUUCCGUCAUCUGCGCAAGGACCACUUCUUCUGCCACUACUGUGAUGCCGAUGGGCGAAACUAUUUCUACGGUGACUACACCUCGCUGCGGGAACACUUUCGGUCCGAUCACUUCCUCUGUGAGGAAGGUGACUGUGAGCAGGAACAGUUUACGUCGGUGUUUCGAUCGGAAAUCGAUUUGCGGGCCCAUCGAGCGACGGCGCACGGUAAAACGAUGACCCGGCAGACGAACAAGCAAACCCGUACCCUGGAACUAGAGUUUUCCUAUGCACCGCGGCACGCCCCGGCACCGGGAAGCUCGGGAGCUGGCCCCGGUGGAGGGGCCGCUGGUGGUGGUGUGUCUAAUAACGGUGGUCCUUCAGGUCGAUCACGCGGCGGUGGCAAUGGCAGUGGCCGUGGCGGCCGUGGUGAUGGCGGCCGAGAUGGUACGGGAAUGAAUCACGAUACUCAAAGAGAGUUUGAAAUGUUGGUGGAAUCGACCCAGCAACAGCAAACAGUACAGCAGCAUCCGAAGCGGGUGAUCGAUGCGACCAGUGAGCAGGACUUUCCAUCGUUGGGUGGCACUGCACCGAAUCCGGUAUUUCGGCCUAACAAUGUGUCUAUUCGGCAGCGAGUGUACGGGGCAGCCGGUCUAGCUCGAACAAAAGAGAAUUUCCCCGCUCUCGGAUCGGAAGGCGGAGAGAGCACCGGGCCGACGAGCCUGAACGAAGGGUUUAGCAGCAAAAUCACCGCCAGCUCGCUGCUGAAACCGAGCCAACCGUCUAGCAGUGCCGGCCGAGCGGCAGCAGUAGUGGCCGGGGGCACCAGCAUGAUGAUACACGUGUCCAACAGGCCAUCGAACAGCGGAACACCGUCCGUUGUGGGGAAACGCAACCAGGCGGACUUUCCCGCUUUGCCCGGUUCCUCGAAGGGGGGCCUGUCGGGAGCGUCGGCGGGUCGUAAAGCUACGGACAUGUUUGCCGACAUGCCGGACGAUCGUGGAGGUGGCAGUGGGAUGGUGAAUUUGAAUGCAAUGUCCGCGAAACACCGUGCAAUGGCCGACGAUUACGUUUCCGUGUCCAGUGUUGUAUCAAAAGUAAAUACAAUAGAGUUGAAAGACACGAAGAAUGGUGCGUCGUCUACUCCGAUGGCCAUACCGAGCGUAAACUCGACCAAAGCCUUCCCGACGUUGGGCGAAUCGAGUGUUCCUACAGCGGCCAAGCCUGUAUCGUGGGUCACUGGAGCGGCGAAAGCUUCAACAAAUGCCAGCGCCUCCGCCAGUGGCAACAGUGCAUUGUCCAGCAAGAAAAAGCCUGCUCCGGCACCCAACCUGAAAGACGAUGGAGGUUUCGUGAAUCUGAAUGUAUUGACCGGCAAGAAAUCGGGCGACAAAUGCUCCAAAGCGAAAGACGCCUAUGCGAAGGCCGAUCUGCGGAACAACAAUGCCACCGAGUCGAUGCCGAAGAGCAAUUCGGGCGGUCUUAAGGAUCGCAGUAAAGAACAGCAAAAGCCAACGCCGAAAGUAAACGGCUCCAAUGGUGCGCCAACGGCGUCUAAUAAUAACCCGGCGAGUACUAACAACAGCACCACGCUCAACGCAAAGCGAGACCGUUUGAACAACCGCGGCGGUGACCCCGGAGACGCGGCGCAUCCUUCGAUCGGGAGCGAUUCUUUUCGCUUGGCGCUUGGCAGCAACAAUGCGGACUUGGCGCCGCUGGCUGCAGCACCCAAACGCACCCCGCCCGGGUUUGAGAAUGUUAAUGUCAAGCGUGUGCCAGCACCCCCGCCAGGGUUCGGGCACGCGGUGACGCUGAAUUCGGUCGCGCGCAAUACCAAUCACAUGACGUUCAUCAACUCCAACGGAGAAUCGUACAACAUACUACCGUCGUAUAGUUACGUUGCGCCAUCGAAUGCUACCAAACGGAAUCAUAGUCUGGUCACACAGUUUCAAAGGACACUCAAGAGCCCCGAAGCGUUGGCCGAAUUCCGAACCAUUUCGCAAAUGUUCCGCGACGGUCAGUACAAUGCUCCGGCCUACUACGAGCAUUGUAAAGCAGCGCUGGGUGAUCGUUUCACCGAUACCUUUCCGGAACUGAUUGCCUUAUUGCCAAACAUCGCAAAGCAACAGGAAUUGUACUUGGUGUACUGCCAGGACGAAAAAAGUCGUGCUAGACCUGCGGCCAAGGGGAAGGCAACGAGUGCCGUUUCGAAGCUGGAAGUCUGCCAAGUGUGCAAGCAAGUGUUGCUAGGUGACGAGCUAACCGAACACUCUCAAACACACUACAUGGAGAACAACUUUCCGAAAUUACCUACAAACGCUACGAACGACGAAGGGAAAGUUGGUUCUUCCGCAUGGAAGAAAUAAAGUGUCACUGUCGUCGUGUGGUGUCGGCCUCGAAGUGUGGCACCGCGAGCGCAUCUCUUCGAAAUACACACUGAUUCGAUCGCAUCGAUCUCCCUUUCCGGCAGAUGCCUAGAAAUAGCCGAUUUUUCACCCAAGACAGUCCAACCGCUGUGCAACCGAAACAUGGACACGUUGCCGGUGCUCUGAGUCAAACUCAGUUUUAUAAUGCGUAUGACGACCCCCUUGAACUGCUGACCCCGAUGCUUAGUUGAACACACUCUUGCUCAUUGACUCUGGAGCCCUAUACAUGCCCCGCGUGGUAGAGCAUAUGUAAAUACAGGAAUUCGUUUUGUGCUUAAAUGAACUUACCGCGGCAAAGAUCAGUAUCGACUUGAAAUAGAAUUUGUACAAAACAUAGUUCUUAACGUGUAUGUACAUACCAAUAAACAGCCAAGC